AUGAAACCCACCACGCUCCGCUCGACUCUCGCUUCAGGCGCUCCGAAACCCAAACCAGCUCGCGCGGCACCUCCCUCCCUGAAAGCGUACCAAUACUUCCUCCCCUUCCAGACGCAGUGGAGGGACAAUGAUGCUUACGUGCAUUUGAACAAUAUAAUAUGUGGGUGUGUUAUCGAUCGCGCGUGAAUUCGUAGAUGUGGUUCAGAGGGACUCUACCUCGUGUGAGACACUGGCCACCCCCGGGUUUCAUUCGGAUUCGGGAUAGUGAUAGCCGGGCCGGAACCGAAACGAUGAGGGAACCGACUGGGAGUGCAGGUUGGUGGGGCGGGACGAGCUCUGAGCUGACGUGUUUGGUAUAUACUCUUCGAACGGGCAGACAACGCUUACGGCGACUCGAUCGUCAACGAAUACCUAAGUAAGACCCCGUCUCCGAACCCCCCCCCCCCACAUACGCUUGCCGCUUGCUCACCUUACCCUCUACCCCUCCUCUCCAGUCAAUCACCUCGGCCUUCAACUCCCCUCCACGGAUGCGAACCGUCGCCCCACCCCGGUCGGUCUGAUGGUCAAUUCAUCCCUCUCCUUCGCGGCGCCUCUAUCUUUCCCGUCCCCGAUCCUCGGAGCUUUAUCCGUCUCGUCCGUAUCAAAGAGUAGUAUCACCUGGCAAGUCGGUUUAUUCGCCGCUCGAGCCAACCCCGACCGAUCAUCGAUAUCGAACGGUACUCAGCUAGCCCUCCUCGAUGAUCAUUCGGACGCGACUUUCCCAACGAGGUUCGAUUCUUCGAUCCAAGUCAUUCCGGGCAAGGACGGUCAAUUACCCACGGCGGCCGCUUGGGGUAGUAUGACGCAUGUUUUCGUCAAUGAAAAGACGAGGAGGUCAACUCCGUUGCCAGAGCAAUGGAGGGAGAAGCUCAAGGGGUUGCAAGGCAGAUGGGAGUGA